AUGGACUGCCGGGACUUAAUUCCUGGGAGAGAUGGAUCUAAAGGUAAUAAAGGCGACCGAGGGAGGAGGGGUAAAAAAGGAAUGAUGGGACAGCCUGGCAGAAGUGGAAAACAAGGAAUUAUGGGGCCACCAGGAAUAAAAGGAGAAAAAGGAGUGAAAGGUGAUAUUUGUGCACCGGGUAUUCCAGGAAUAAAAGGCGAACCGGGAGAAUCCAUUUCUGCUCCAAACGUAACAGUUUCUUCCUCACAACUAAGGGUGAACGAAAGCGACGCCGCUGUUUUACCGUGUUCUACGUCGGGAAAUCCCGCUCCAACCUUGGUUUGGUCGCGGAUUAACGAAACAUUACCAAGCAAUCGAACGAAAGUAUUGUCUAAUGGUGUAAUAAAGAUUGCUGGCGUGCAACUUGUGGAUGCCGGGAAAUACAAGUGCGUUGCGCAAAAUGUUCUUGGAAGAGACGAGAAAUUUACGAGUAUUAUCGUACAAAGUGAGUUCACUUAAUCGUUAAUUCAUUUUAUUGUCGUUAACACCUUGCUAUCAUGUACUUUCAACAGGCCACAAUAAAUUGUAAUAUGUUUUUUUUGUUUUUAAAGUGAAAAAGCACAAUCGGUAUGAUAUUAGAAACAAAGGGAAGUUGCCUAUUGCUUCUGAUUUUAGUUUAUUAUAAAUAUUUUGGUGGGGUCUUAAUGCUUUUGUUCCAGCAUUCCAGUUCUGGUUAAAUAGUUUUCUGUUUGUUUGUUUGUGUGUUUGUUUGUUUCUUCGUCCUCCUUCCCCUAACUCCCAUGCACUUGGUCCCUUUGCUUCGCGAGACUCGUUAGCAAAUCUGAUAGGGAGAAAGUUUAUUGUUUUAUUUUCUUUAGGUCAACCCAAAGUUUCAUUAUCGUUUGGGCCAUCUUACGCUGAAAAAGGCAAAAAUAUCACGUUACCAGUCUGUCACGUGACGGGAUUUCCCCCACCGAAAAUCACCUGGCGUAAAGUGCACGACCAUUUCAUGCAAUCCAGAGCUUUUGUUAAAGGUGGACAGUUCUCAAUAAUAACUGUUCAAAAAAAAAGAUUCUGGUUUGUACAAAUGUCAAGCUUCAAAUCACUUGGGAUAUGCUUUCGCUGUCACUCAACUUAA